AUGCAACGCGUCCCGAUGCCCCCCGGCGCGCCCCACCCGUCCCACCAACCGUUCCGCGCCCCCGCGCACAAGCACGCCCACCACCUGCACUCCAUACCCCCUCGCGAGAAGUCGACGCGGACGCUGAUAAUCGACCACCUCCUCUGGGUGCACGGCCGGACCCGGUUCGCGCAGGCCCGCGCCGAGCUCGGGAUGAUCGACCGCACCGGCGGGCCCUCGAGCGCGAACUACGCCCACCGGGAGCGGCCGGAGAACUUCGAGGAGGAGGAGGAGGUGUACAGCGACGGCGAGGACGUGCGUGUGCUCAGCGCGCGCGAGGGCGGGCCCGAGCACACGCACUCGGAGGACGAGGAGGAGUGGCUGGAGCGGCAGGAGCUCGCGCUCGCGCGCGCGCUGCGCCAGCGCGCGGAGAGCGUCGAGAAGGUCGCGACCGCGAUGCUCGACCAGCCGCCGGAGGAGCGGCCGAUGCACCCCGACGACCUGCUCGAGCCCCCGACCUCGCCCUCGCUCCAGCCGCAGAACGCGCGGCAGCACAAGCACAGGCUCCCGAACGGCGUCCGCCUCCGGCUCGCGCUCGCGACGGUCAUCAACGACUUCUUCUCCCGUCGCCCGCCCGACCCCCCGCAGCGCCCGCCGGGGGCGCAUGCGCACCAGGUCGCGACGAUGCUCCCCUCCUCGCUCGUCCCGCUUACCAGCGUCUCGGCCGCGGCGGUCCCACACGAGAUGCCGCACGCGCAACGGAAACCCACCCCCUCGCAGUACGUGCACUCGCUCUACGCCACUGGCUCGGACCCAGAGAACGCCAACUCUCCCCCGUCAUUGCGCUGCCCUCGCCACCUCCACAUGAGCUGCGGCAUCUGUGUCGAGGCGAAGUCCCAGUUCACGGUUCGCCCCGGCGGCCAGCAGCGCGGCCGUCAAACCUCCGCGCGCGCAAGUUCGGCUACAGGAAGCAGCCCCGGGGACGGCUCGGGAGGCACGAACGGCGCCGUCAUUGCGGUCGGGGUCACCGGGUGGCUCGAUGGCAGUGGAAUCGGCUCCGGGCUCGCCCGCCCUGCGCAGACGGGAACAGUCCUCCGACGACCUUCGUUGGCCAACACCUCACCAGGUGCGGGAGGGAGCCUCGCGCCGACGAUGCACAACACGAAGCUCAGCGAGCUCAUCCCCCGCUUCAUGCGCCUCAGCGCGCUCGUCGCGAUGGAGCUCGGCCGUGAAGCCACCGAAGACCGGGCGUCCGUCGACGGCGGCCGCGACGACGAUGGGGGGUCCGCGCACCUGAACGGCAACGCGCCGCCCACGCCCGGACGUCCGGCGCCGAUGUCCCCACAGACGUCGCCCCGGGCGUCCACGACGCAGCGGACGGACUCGAGCGUGUUCUUCAACGCGCUUCGGCCGAGUCGGGAGUGGUACUACCUCUUCGCGGGGCUGCUCACGCGCGCGGUGCUCGAGGGCUACCUCACCGGGCACUGGCGCGGGAUCGAGCCGCUCGAGAUCCUGCUCGGAGUCGGGCUUGCGACGUCACCUCCGCUCGCCCGCCCGCAGGCGUCGCGGCCUGCGGACAGCGGCGCGUCUGGCGCGACCGCAGGGCGUGCGAGCGGUGGGGACGAUCCCGAGUUCACCGAUUUCGACCCGGACGACUUGCCGGUGCUAGACGAGGCGGCGAAGAUCCUGUUCCCAUCGCUGCGGGAGCCGAUGGGCGGGGGCAACUCGCCCGUGUACUACGCUCGGGAGGGUGCGGAGCUCGAGUAUGAGAUCGAGAUGACGGAGCGCCUGGCUAGGUUCUACGCCGUCCCGCAAACGACGCCCGAUGUGGCCACGCACAUGGAGGACCUCGCAUGGCAAUUCCCCGCGGAGGCCGUCGAGCGUGCCGCCGUCCGCUUCUGCGAGGCCGUCGCGCGUUGGCGCGGAAAGCCCGAGCUCGAGACGUACAAGAAAGCGGCCUGGAUCACGAACAAGGACCAAGACGGGUCCGCCACUGCGACGAACGGCGCGAUGUCCAUCGACGCCCUCGUACACUCGAAUCCGGCCAGCCCCUCUGCGCCCACCUCGGCCUCGGCGGCUGCUCGCCAGUCGCGCUCCCGUCGGCCACCGAUUGAGCAGUACUUUGCCGUCCCGCCCAGCUUCGCACUGCAAAGUCGCAAGCGGCGGCGCUCCGAGCUCGACGGCGGGAGACCGGACGAGGGGCGACCGCGGCCGUCUAUGCCGCUCCCGGCGUUUGGUUGA